CGCCCCUUAGUGCGUGCACUGGGCCUAGCUGCGGUUUCUGGCCGCGCUGAGGAGUGAUACUCCCCGGCCCUCCGCCAGCUGCCUCUUCCUCAGGAUCGAGAGAGCCACCCCUCUCUCCAGAAUCUCUUUCUGUCCCUAGCUCCCGAGCGGGACCGAGCCGAGGCUCCCGGAGCCCCGGCUCCUACCCACAGCUCUUGGGAUGCGCGACCUUCUCUCGGAAAGGGCGCGAGGUGGGGCGGGGGUUACCACCUCGGAGGAGAAGGACGCAGCUGCAAAUCCGUAGCUGGAGGCCGCCUCGGUGAAAUAAGCGCCUCGCACGUGUCUGCGCCCGACUUCUCUUAGAUCCAGGAGGCAGAAUCCACGCCCUGCGCGGGUUGGCCCAGGCACGCCUUACCGUGAACUUUGGUGAUAAAGGUUCACGGAUGGCUCAGUUGGGAGCAGUUGUGGCUGUGGCUGCCAGUUUCUUUUGUGCGUCUCUCUUCUCAGCUGUGCACAAGAUAGAAGAGGGACAUAUUGGGGUCUAUUACAGAGGCGGCGCCCUGCUGACUUCCACCAGUGGCCCUGGUUUCCAUCUCAUGCUCCCUUUCAUCACAUCGUAUAAGUCUGUGCAGACCACACUGCAGACAGAUGAGGUGAAGAAUGUACCUUGCGGGACUAGUGGUGGUGUGAUGAUCUACUUUGACAGAAUCGAAGUGGUGAACUUCCUGGUCCCGAAUGCAGUGUAUGACAUAGUGAAGAACUACACGGCUGACUAUGACAAGGCCCUCAUUUUCAACAAGAUCCACCACGAACUGAACCAGUUCUGCAGUGUGCAUACGCUCCAGGAGGUCUACAUUGAGCUCUUUGAUCAGAUUGAUGAAAAUCUCAAACUGGCUUUGCAACAGGACCUGACCUCCAUGGCCCCUGGGCUUGUCAUCCAGGCUGUGCGGGUGACGAAGCCCAAUAUCCCUGAGGCGAUCCGCAGAAACUACGAGUUGAUGGAAAGCGAGAAGACAAAGCUGCUCAUCGCCGCCCAGAAACAGAAGGUGGUGGAAAAAGAAGCGGAGACAGAGCGGAAGAAGGCCCUCAUUGAGGCAGAAAAAGUGGCUCAGGUUGCAGAAAUCACCUAUGGACAGAAGGUGAUGGAAAAGGAGACCGAGAAGAAGAUUUCAGAAAUUGAAGAUGCUGCGUUCCUGGCCCGGGAGAAGGCGAAGGCCGACGCUGAGUGCUACACUGCUAUGAAAAUCGCCGAAGCAAAUAAGCUAAAGCUGACCCCUGAAUAUCUACAGCUGAUGAAGUACAAGGCCAUUGCUUCCAACAGCAAGAUUUACUUUGGCAAAGACAUCCCGAACAUGUUCGUGGACUCUGCCGGCAGUCUGGGCAAGCAGUUUGAGGGACUAGCUGACAAGCUGAGUUUCAGCUUAGAAGAUGAACCCUUGGAGGCAGACACCGAGGAGAACUGAAACAGAAUUUUUAUACAGCCUCAGGUGACACUCAGAGAAAGAGAUCUUUAUUUUUUAAUGACGAGCCAGGAUGCUCCUCCCUCUCACACUAGCUUCUUUGUCUUCCACUAUUGUGGUGAAAAAGAAGAAAAGGACUUAAAUCUAUUCCACUGGGAAGGGAGGGCAGGGAUUGAUGAUUUGGGGAUUUUAUUCAGGGACAUAGGUUAUAUAACUUCUGUUAAGAUUUGUAAACCAUUGGUUUGACCUUUGACCUCCAGGCAUUAAUUUUAGUCCUUUGAAGCUGACUUAAUUAAGGAUGCUAUCAUAAGGAAUGGGAGAAAGAGAGGGUGUUGCCUGUGGAUGGUCUGAUUUCCCUUCUUCGGGAAAACGCCAUCCAGACCUCUCACCCCCGCCUUCAAGGUGGGAAAUGCCUGUGGGUGGGGCUCACAGCUGAGCAGACAUAUGCUCGUCCGUCCGUUUGCCAGGAGAGCCGUGGGCGAACAGCUGCAGCACGUUUGGCCUUCCUGGCGUUCUGUCCGUGCAGGCGCGAGUUAUUCUAGAGGCGCACUUCGUGGGCCCUCAUAAGGAAGAACGGGUGCUGGGCUUGGCCAGCUUUUCUAUACCUGCUGCCCUCCUUGCCCUGAGCCUACAGUGGUGGCUUCUGACUCCAGUGUCAGAGCCAGGGCUGGUCUUCACCACAUGAUUCUUUUUAAAACUCUUCACCUAUUCUGCAAUUUGGGGAUUGUUUUCCUUCUCAAUCUGCUUGUUGGUUCCAGUCAGCAUCAAGAAGGCAGGAACAAACAACUCAAGUGUCUUAAUAGCAACUAAAGUGGGAUCGUUAUGUCUGUUAGCAACGAAGGUACCUGCCUGGCAAACUCUGUACGUUCCUUGAGGCCAAGUUCUUUUUAUUGUUCUGGAGAUUGGUCAGUGAACAGUCUCUGGAAGAGAAGGGAGGGUCAUCCAAAAGCAUUCCUAAUCUUAUGGUACAUGGCUUGUGCUGGGGGUUUGUCUGGUGCAGGGACAUGUCUGUUUUUAAAUCCAAGGCUCCAGGCAGCCACACAGGCAUCAGACUGAGUCUUCAGUCUCCAGAGACAGAUGUGGGUGCAAGGCCGAGUCCAUGCCCAAGUCCCUGGGUUGAAGCAGCGGCAUCGAAAUCUGUUCUGAUGUUUUCUUUCUCAUUCCUAAUUAGGAAAAGUUUGGGUCACUCUGGGAGAUUUGGGAAGGGGAGCACGAACACGAGAGAAAGGUUUUCUCGUAUCCUGGCAUCAGAGUUGAGGGCAGGACAGUCUGUACAGUCCCUGAGUUGUGUACCGGAUUGUUCAGCGGAAGACAGCUCUCUGGAGUUAACGUACCAGCAGGUUGGUAAUCUCCAUGACAAGCUCUGGUUUAGGACUUGGCCUUGUCUCCCUCCCCCGGAAAAACCCCACCCUCCACCCCCUGGCUCGGUGGAACUGUGAAUGCUACUUUGUGGCGCAGAUCCCCGCCUCUUUUUUGGUCCCAUGCUCAGACUUCCACUUUGUCAAAUGGCCCCAGAACUGGGCCAGCUUUCUCCAAAGUAGCAAGUUUGGGGAGCUUUCUGCCUGCCCAGGAAGAAACAAAAUGUUAACUCUUCUUAAUUCAAAUGUUGCCCUUCUCUUUUCUAACUUUUGCCUCUAGAAUUCUCAAACCACUGGUCCUGAUCACUUUUUCUACAAGCAGCCCAAUAUUCCUGGGAGUGGCAGGUUUGAAUACCUUCCAAAGUCCUCACAGAAGGCAGUCAGUCUCCCCAGACCAACGUAGGGUGUCCAUCAUUAACACGUUCUCACCCUCCUCCCACUUCAGUGCCACUAAUCACCUGCUAGGAACAAUAUGUCAGGUCCACCCCCCCAAUUUACAUAUGUGUCUGCUCCCUCUACUCUGAGACCUGCUACCUAGGCCUCAAAAAACACUACUUCACUACAACUGAAUAAGUAGCAAGGGUAUCUCAGUCCCUUGGAGUAGCACGUUUGUUCAGGUUCUUAUGUUGAAAGUCUCUUAACACUAACAUCCUGUGACAGCGUGUCUCUUGUACCAGGUCCUCUGUGAUCACGGGAGAGCCCCAGUGCAGUCCUGCAGCCCUGCCCCUCUCGAUGUUAAUGUGGCUUCCUCUUUAAACAAAAAAUAAAUGUCGUAGUCCCCACUAGUUUAGAUCAGCAGUUGUCUGUACCUGCCUGAAUGGUAAGAUCAUGGAAGUCAGCUGUGUUCUUAGCAUGGGACAACUAACCAAUCUACCUGUGUGACCUUCUUUAGCACACACUAGAAAAUCUGAGCUUAACAUUGGAAUUCUAAACACGUAACAUAAGAUGUGACAGCCUGCAGUUUUGUAGGCAGUAAGUCACGGCUGCUAUUUAUAAGUGGAACUUCUAUCAAAAUAAGUAACUGUUUAUAUAAUUCAGCUUUUGUAGAAUUUUCCAAGGAGAAGCCACCUUGGUUGAAUGUUUCUCAUUAAACUUUGCAGAAGUAAUUCAUAUUCAGUAUUGGUUUUAAUCAUUUUUUUAUAUGAGGACAGAAUGUUUGCAAGGAAACCAAAGUUUGUUAAUAAUUUUUAUAUGACUAAAAUAAAUUUGGAGAGAUCUACAGUCAUAUUGAGGGAGAAAAAAAAUCACUGAAUUUUAGCAAUACAGCAGGUCCUCAAAAAAACAUCAUUUCAUUCAACGUAGUUCUGUUGUAACAUCGACCAGAUGCCAUAGGAACUCAGCUCUUGUUUAUGUCAGUUAGCCUGUUGUAAAAUUAGUUUCAUCCGACGUCAUUUGACUUAAAGUCGCAGAACCUGUGGACAGUGGUGAGGACUUACUGUAUAUGGAUCCAAAACAAGACGUUUCCUAAAUGCCCUGUUGCAAGUUCUAUGGGUCUGUCUUUCAACCCUGAUAAGUUUAUCAUUUAUAGAGAGUAAAUAAUGAAAGUAAGAUCAUAUUUACUGAAUUAUCUAUUUGAGUUCAAGGAUAAAAUGUAUAGAUGCUGCUCAAUUUAUGAUGAGGUUUCAUCCCAAUAAACCCAUCAUAAGUUGAAAAUCUCAUUGAGCUGCCCUGGCCCAUGCAGCCUGGUUGGUUGGCGCGUCCUCCCGUGCACGGAACAGGUGCAGGUUCGAUUUCCUGUCGGGGCACAUACCUAGUUUGCAGGUUCGGUCCCUGGUCAGGACACGUGCAGGAGGCAGCCAAUCAAUGUUUCUCUCUCUCCGUCUUCCCCUUUCUCUCUCUAAAUCAAUAAGUGUAUCCACAGGCAACGAUUUUUUUUAUUUUAAUUUAAAAAUAUUAAGUUGAAAAUAUAUUUAAUACAUCAAAACUUACCGAUCGUUAUAGUUUAGUAUAGCCUACCUUAAAUAUGUUUAGAAUACUUACAUUAGCCUACAGUUGGGCAAAAUCAUCUAACACAAAAUCUACUUUUUAAUCAAAUUUGACAUUGUGACCAUCAUAAAGUCAAAAAAUCAUAACUGGGGGACAGUCUGUAUCUUGGCCAGUGGCUACCCUGUGUCCAAGAACUUGACCAGUACUCUGCUCAUUAGGGGUCUCGCCACUGUUUCUGAUGUUUUCUUAUAACAGAGGUAAUGGUCAAUCAUUUUGUGUUUGUAUUUCCAUUCCUUUUUAUUUCUAGUUUUAUGUGAGCAAGUGAUCAAUCAAACUAGUUCUAGUUUCAAAGAGCCCUGAGGGCUUCAUGACCCCUUUGUAACUGAAAAAUGAUUCUUGUUAUAUGAGCCACUCUGUAAAUGAAUGAUCUGCUGGAUUGCCUUGAGUUGAGAGCUACAGGAAUUGUUUUGGACAACACUGAAGAUGUGAACUCAUGUCUUAGUUUUAUUUUCAGUCUUACUAACUGAGUCUUUGUAUUUACUUUUUUAUCAAAGUGAAAUUUAGCACUAGCUAAUAGUAGAAUAGGUGAUAUAAGAAAUAAAAUAUCCCUGCCAAGUGAGUGAGUACAAGGUCACCCUAAAAAUAUAUUCAAAUGAAUAUACUGGAUCUGGCACAAUAACGCCGCUUUUUAUUAUAAAAUCUUUUAUUACAAAAUCAUAUGCGUGUAAUUCUGUAACAUAAAACUAUCACAUUCACCCUCGCUGGUGUAGCUCAGUGGAUUGAGUGUGGGCCUGUGAACCAAAGCAUUACUGGUUCAAUUCCCAGUCAGGGCACAUGCUUGGGUUUCGGGCCAGGCCCCCAGUAGGGGGCACGAGAGGUAACCACACAUUGAUGUUUCUCUCCCUCUCUUCCUCCUUCCCUUCCCCUCUCUCUAAAAAUAAAUAAAUAAUUUAAAAAAUAUAUCACAUUCAAGGACACUAUGUGACACUUUAGGUGAAAUGUUCGAAUUGAAACUAUAAAUGAUUACACCCGUAUUAUUACCGCACUCAAGUGGCCUUCCUGCUGCCAGACCCUGUGUAUCCCAUUGUCAAUGCAGAAACAGUACAAACUCAUUUGUAAACACGGGAUAAUUCUUGGUCGGCGCUAUAGAGAUUUAUAAUGUUAAAGAAUCCAUACAUCACUGCAAUCCUGCUCCAAAGGGCAGAGGUACUUUUAACUGACCCAAAAUUCAUUGUGCUAUCAACGUGUGAUAUCGAAAUGGCAACCAUCCAGUUUGCAGGCUGGCACUCAAUCCACUGAGCCACACCAUCCAGGGGACAACAUAAUUUUUAGCAUUGAGUAUCUCACAAAUACUGUAUGAGGCACGCUUAUACUAAAAAGUUAUUCAUUGUUUACAUAAAAUUCACAUUGCACUGAGUAUACUGUCUUAUAUUUACUAAAUCUGACAACCCUAGCCUUUCUCAGGUUUGGGCGGGUUGGGUUACAGUUUUUUCUUAUUGCUAUUCUAUUACAGUCGUCCCAGUUUUCCCCCUUUGCCCUUCUCUGCCCAUCCCAACCCCCACUCCCAAUCCCCACACAGUUGUCCAUGGGUCAUUCAUACAUGUUUUUGACUGAUCCCUUCCCCUUCUUUCCACCAUUAUUCCCUUCCCUCGGGUUUUUUGAUGGUUCCCCCAGGCUUUAUUGGUUUGAGACCCUACUACACAAAUAAUACAAACUUAGUAAGUAAGAAUAUAGAUACUGGAGUAAAACCGCCAAGAUUCAAAUAAUGACUCUACCACUUCCGAAGUAUAAGGUCUUGAAUAAAUUCUUGAACCUG